AUGACUAUUGCUGCAUAUGCGUAUGAAACAAAUGAAGCAAGAAGAGCACAUGAACUAGUAAACGAAAACUCAACUUUAACCAUUGAAGGCAAUGAUUUAGUCAUUGACGAUGGAAAAACUAAAAAAGUCAUUGAUUUCGAUACUUUUAACACGUAUGACCCAUUCAUUACAAUAAGUAAAGUUCCCAUCAUAAAUGAUGGAACGGUGCAAUAUAUAAAUUCUACAGUAGAUGCCUCAUUAGUGAAAGUAUUAAAUGUUCUCAUUGAAUUGUUAAAGAGCUUUCGAUUUGACGACAACAUUAAAUGCCUAAAGAAUUUAGUCAUGAAUGAGAAACAAAUUCUCGGCGUUGCUGGUAGCAGUAAUGAUGUACACCUUAUGACAUUAGAAUAUUAUAACGAAUAUAAAGAUGAACUGAAAGGAGAGAAGGGUGACACCGGACCUCAAGGACCACAAGGAAUACAAGGAAUACAAGGACCUCAAGGCGAAAACGGUUUGGAUGGUGAAGAUGGAAAGGAUGGAAAAACUGCUAAAUCAUGGAUAUGGAACCUUAUAAAUACUGGUUUAACAGCUGCUUCAUAUGGAGUUCUUCAAUACCAAAUCGGAAAGAUAUGGGCGGUACUUGGUGAAGAAGUUUUAAAUGACGUUAAAAAUGCUUUGAACUUCACUUCAAAUGGUUCGGAUACUAUUAAAACUUUAUCUGGUUGA